AUGGCUGCUAAUUCUUCUUCAUCUGCUACUAUAUCUGAAAAAGAUGCCAGCCUGAGUGAGGAUGAGGUUGAUCCAUCCUUACUAACCAGCAUUGCAAAAAGAGUGCAGUUGAGAAAUGAUAGAAAGAGAAAAGUUGUAUCCACACCUUUUACAACGGCUCCUGCAACUGAAACUGAUCGUGCUCCUGCACCACCUACUGCAUCUGAACCUACUCCAACUUCUCCAAGUGAACUUGCACCAGCUCCUGAAAUAGCUCCUACACCUGCACCACCUCCUACAACUAAUCCAGAGCCUGAACAUGCUCCUGUAACUGGUCUUGAACCUGCUGCUGAUAAAGCUUUUUUUUUAUGA